UCCCAGCCCAGCCCCUGCCUGGAGACAUAAAUAGGCUAGGAUAGCUGGCAGCUCAGAGACGGCUGGAGCCCUUGAGGUCACCCACGUCCCUUCAGGAUGAAAGCCGUGGUGCUGACCUUGGCCGUGCUCUUCCUCACGGGGAGCCAGGCUCGGCAUUUCUGGCAGCAAGAUGACCCCCAGUCACCUUGGGAUCGAGUGAAGGAUUUAGUUACCGUGUACGUGGAUGCAGUCAAAGACGGCGGCAGAGAGUAUGUGGCCCAGUUUGAAGCCUCCGCCUUGGGAAAACAGCUGAACCUGAAACUCCUAGACAACUGGGACACCUUGGGCAGCACGAUCACCAAGCUGCGCGAGCAGAUCGGCCCGGUCACCCAGGAGUUCUGGGAUAACCUGGAGAAGGAGACGGAGGUGCUGAGGCAGGAGAUGAGCAAGGAUCUGGAGGAGGUGAAGCAGAAGGUGCAGCCCUACCUGGACGACUUCCAGAAAAAGUGGCAAGAGGAGGUGGAGCUGUACCGCCAGAAGGUGGCGCCGCUGGGCACGGAGCUGCGCGAGGGCGCGCGCCAGAAGCUGCAGGAGCUGCACGAGAAGCUGAGCCCGCUGGGCGAGGAGCUGCGCGACCGCGCGCGCACCCACGUGGACGCGCUGCGCGCGCAGCUGGCCCCCUACAGCGACGAGCUGCGCGAGCGCCUGGCCGCGCGGCUGCAGGCGCUCAAGGAGAGCGGCGGCGCCAGCCUGGCCGAGUACCACGCCAAGGCCAGCGAGCACCUGAGCGCGCUCAGCGAGAAGGCCAAGCCCGCGCUGGAGGACCUCCGCCAGGGCCUGCUGCCCGUGCUGGAGAGCUUCAAGGUCGGCUUAAUGGCCAUCGUCGACGAGGCCACCAAGAAGCUGAACGCUCAGUGACGCGCCCGGGACCAGAGGGGGGCCGCCUCGGGCUCCCCUGGCCUUCGAUCGGGUUCUUAGAAUAAACGUUUUCAAAGCGGGACGCCCGUGUUGGGCCGCGUUGUUUUGUUUUGUUUUUGUGUUUGUUGAGGCUUCGGUUGUGACUUUUAAACAAUAAAAUGUGCUCCAAAAAACUAUAAA